AUGGAUCCAGAUCCAAUAACUACUGCUGCUGCGGAUUCUUCCCCGCCAGAGCCUGAAAACCCUUAUCUCAAGGGCUGGAGGCUCAAAAACCUCAUGGGCGCAUUACUGAUGGGUAUGCUUCUCAUUGGGCUAGAUAUCAACAUUGUCGCUACGGUAAACGAGAUUCAUCCAACGCGAACCUAA